ACUUGGGAACAAAAUAGAACAUGCCAGCCCAUAACAUUAAUUGGGUUAUGUAUAGAGGAUAUCAGAAACAAAUUGGAUAAUAUUAAGGUCGGCACUAUGGCGUCCAGUGCAGAAAAGCUAACCUUCCCGGUCUUUCCAAUCACUGAUCUAGUCAAUUUCUUAAAGCAAAGCAUUCUAACUGGAACUGAAGCCAAAAGCUUAGCCAAAAAUGACCUGUAUCCUAACCCAAAGGCUGAAGUUGUACAGAGGAUAUACAUGCGGGUCCUGAUGGAAGUCUUUAAUUACAGCAUGGAGCAGUUCUUUAUGGUGCCUAUGAGUCUCGACACCCAGUACCCACAGCUACUUGAAGGGUUUGCAGCAAUUUCCAAUAUUGCAAAGCUCAUGUGGCGAGAGUCUACAAGCUCUUUACUGAUGGGCUAUAAUACCAAAGAUGUGGAAGUCCGCGAGUAA